GGGGCAGAUUGCUGAGGGUUUCGAGAUCUUCAAUACUGCUUUUGGUGCACAUGGGGGUGGAGGUAGGCUUGGGGAAACAGGUUCGAUCCAAGAACCGAGGGUUAAGGCGCAGACGAGCCUAGUGGCAGCUUGUGACCAAGAGAGGGCGCCUGGAACACCUAGGCCUGUUCCCACCUCCUGCCCAGCCCCUUUCCUACUGCUCUCCCCACCCGCCAACAGCACACGCCAUUCUCCUGCGGAAGACCACGCACAUUUUCAGGCACAUCACCAUCGGGCAUGGCCAAUGUGGAGCCGCGUGAAGGCACCAUCCAGGUGCGGGGCCAGAGUCUUUUCUUCAGAGAGGCCCGGCCUGGCAAUGGGCAGGCUGUCCGCUUCUCUGUGCUGCUGUUGCAUGGUAUCCGCUUCUCCUCUGAGACUUGGCAGAACCUGGGUACUCUGCAUAGGCUGGCUGAGGCUGGCUACAGGGCUGUGGCCAUUGAUCUGCCAGGUCUUGGGCGAUCCAAGGAAGCAGCAGCCCCUGCCCCUAUUGGGGAACUGGCCCCUGGCAGCUUCCUAGCUGCCGUGGUGGAUGCCUUGGAGCUGGGAUCCUCAGUUGUGAUCAGUCCAUCAUUAAGUGGCAUGUAUGCGCUACCCUUCCUCGUGGCCCCUGAGUCCCAGCUCCGGGGCUAUGUACCGGUGGCUCCUAUCUGCACAGACAAGAUCAAUGCUGCUGACUACGCCCGUGUGAAGACUCCGGCUCUCAUUGUAUAUGGAGACCAGGACCCCAUGGGCUCCUCCAGCUUUCAACACCUGAAGCAGCUGCCCAACCACAGAGUGCUGGUCAUGGAAGGGGCGGGGCAUCCCUGUUACUUGGACAAGCCGGAUGAGUGGCAUACGGGGCUUCUGGACUUCCUGCAGGAGCUAGCUUGAGACUGAGUCCGGCUGAUAGACAGACUGACCGCCUGCUCUAGGAUCUCUUACUGUCUUCUGGUCUCUGGCUUGUGCCUCACCUGCAACAGGUCUGUCUAUGCAUCUGUCUGUCUUGCUGUCCUUUCUGCUUUUCUCUCGCAGGGACAGAUCAGAUCAAGGAGGUAAAAUCAAGUGGGAAAAGCCUUGGAUUCAAGGAGAGAACUCUGAUUGUGGGUAAUCCAUGAGCUUCUCCUACAGGCUUCCGCUUGGCUCUCACUCCUGCCUUACUUUACUUUCUGAUCCAUCUCCCUCUUGAGCUGCUCUACAGAGAAGUCCAUUCCUUUUGCUCCCCUACCCUUAAGGCCACCGAUAACACACGUGUAUGCUUGUUUAGAUUUAUCCCACACCCAAACAGAACCUCUCCCUUGGGAGCAGCACAGGGGUCCACAUGAUUGGCCCGAUGCCACAUUCUUGUGUAGCAUUGCAUCUCACGCUGACACAGGUACAUGUGCUGUUCCCCCGAACGAAGGAGGGAGUCUUUGUAAGAGAUUCAUUUGCCAGAAUAAAAAUGUAAGCACCCCUUAGGUUUCUCUUACCAACCCCUUGCAACUGGUCCCAGACCAGAAUUGCUUCCUCAGAAGGGAAGGUGCACCUCUCUCUGCUUUUCAACCUCCCCGUUUUUCUUUUCCCCUUCUUCUUGGGGGCUGCACGCCUCCCCUGGUCAUCAAGCAUGAAUCUUCUCAGCCAAGCCCAUUUCCUGCUCUGAGGUUUGGGAGUGGGAUAGGGAGACCGACUACGGAGGUCCCUGGAAUAAAGUGAUACAAUUAGACCUCA